AUGCCUGUGCCUCUGCUGCUGCUGCAGGUAUCUUUGCCGCCAGAGCCUCUUCCGCCUGGGCCUCUGCCGCCGCUGCUGCUGCCUCCGCAGCCUGAUCCUCUACCGCCUGGUCCUCUGCCGGUGCCGCUGGUGCCUCCACAGCCUGAGCCUCUACCGCCUGGGCCUCUGUCGCUGCUGGUGGUGCCUCUGCCGUCAGAGCCUCUACUGCCUGGUCCUCUGGCGCUGGUGCCUCCAAUUCCAGAAUCUCUACCGCCUGGGCCUCUACUGCCUCAGCCAAUGCCGCCUGCGCCACUGCUGCUGCCGCUGGUGCCUCCGCCGCCUGAGCCUCUUCCACCUGGUCCUCUGCCGCUGCCGCUGGUUCUUCAACCGCCAGAGCCUCCGCCACCUGAGCAUCUUCCGUCUGGACCUCUGCCGCUGCCGCUAGUGCCUCCGCCGCCUGGGCCUCUGCCGCUGCCGCUGGUGCCUUCGCCACCAGAGGCUCUACCGCCUGGGCCCUUGCCGCUGCUGCUGGUGUUUCUGCCGCCAGAGCCUCUACUGCCUGGGUCUCUGCCGCUGCUGCUGGUGGCUCCGCAGCCCGAGCCUCUACCGCCUGGGCCCUUGCCGCUGCCGCUGGUGAUUCUGACGUCAGAGCAUUUACCGCCUGGGCCUCUGCCGGUGUCGCUGGUACCUCCGCCGCCAGAGCCUCUACCGCCUGGUCCUCUAGCGUUGGUGCCUCCGCUGCCAGAGUCUCUGCCACCUGGGUCUCUGUCACUGCUGCUGGUGCCUCGCCGUCAGAGCCUCUACCGCCUGGUCCUCUGGCGCUGGUGCCUCCACUUCCAGAAUCUGUAUCACCAGAUACUCCACUGCUGCUGCCGCUGGUGCCUCCGUUGCCCGAAUCUGUACCACCUGAGACUCUGCCGUUGCUGCCUCCGCCACCUGAGCGUCUUCCGUCUGGACCUCUGCCGGUGCCGCUGGUGCCUCCGCCACCAGAGCCUCUACUGCCUGGGCCUCUGCCGGUGCCGCUGGUGCCUCCGCCGCCUGAGCCUCUUCCGCCUGGGCCUCUGCCGGUGCCGCUGGUGCCUCCGCCACCAGAGCCUCUACUGCCUGGGCCCUUGCCGCUGGUGCUUCUGCUGCCAGAGCCUCUACCGCCUGGGCCUCUGCCGGUGCCACUGGUGCCUCUGCCACCAGAGCCUCUACUGCCUGGGCCCUUGCCGCUGUCGCUCGUGCUUCCGCCGCCACAGCCUCUACCGCCUAGGCCUCUGCCGGUGCCGCUGGUGACUCUGAUGCCUGAGCCUCUACCGCCUGGGCCCUUGCCGAUGCCGCUGGUGCCUCUGCCACCAGAGACUCUACCUCCUGGUUCUCUGCCACUGCCACUGGUACUUCCGCCGCCAGAGCCGCUACUGCCUGGGCCUCUGCCGUUGGUGCCUCCGCAGCCCAAGCCUCUACCGCCUGGGCCCCUACCGCUGCCACUGGUGCCUCCGCUGCCUGAGCCUCUUCUGCCUGGGCCUCUGCCGCUGCCGCUGGUGCCUUCGUUGCCAGAGGCUCUACCGCCUGAGCCUUUGCUGCUGCCGCUGUUGCCUCCGCCGCCAGAGCCUCUGCCACCUGGGUCUCUGUCGCUGCUGCUGGUGCCUCCAUAGUCAGAGCCUCUACCGCCUGGUCCUCUGCCGCUGCCGCUGGUUUUUCCACCGCCAGAGCCUCUAUUGCUUGGGCCUCUGCCGCUGCCGCUGGUGCUUCCGCCGCCAGAGCCUCUACCGCCUGGGCGUCUGCCGCUGCCGCUGGUGCCUCCGCCGCCAGAGCCUCUACCGCCUGGGCAUCUGCCACAUGGGUCUCUGCCGCUGCCGCUGGUGCAUCUGCAGCCUGAGCCAAUAGCUCCUGGGCCACUGCCACUGGUGCCUCCGCAGCCCAAGCCUCUACCGCCUGGGCCUCUGCCGCUGCCGCUGGUGCCUCCGCAGCUUGAUCCUGUACUGCCUGGGCGUUUGCUGCUGCUGCUGUUGCCUCUGCAGCCUGAGCCUCUACCGCCUGGUCCUCUGCCGAUGCCGCUGGUGCCUCCGCUGCCAGAACCUCUACCGCCUCGUCCUCUGCCGCUGCCGCUGGUGCCUCCUCAGCCUGAGCCUCUACAGCCUGGGCCUCUACCGGUGCCGCUGCUGCCUCCGCAGCCUGAGUCUCUACCGCCUGGGCCUCUGCCACUGCCGCUGGUGCUUCCACCGUCAGAGCCUCUAUUGCCUGGGCGCUGCCGCUGGUGUUUCUGCCGCCAGAGCCUAUACCGCCUGGGCCCUUGCCGCUGCCGCUGGUGCCUCCCCAGCCCGAGCCUCUACCGCCUGGGUCUCUGACGCUGACGCUGAUGCUUCUGCUACCAGAGCCUCUACCGCCUGGGCCUCUGCCUGUACCGCUGGGCCCUUGCCGCUGCCGCUGGUGCUUCCACCACCAGAUCUUCUACUGCCUUUGCCUCUGCCGCUGCCACUGGUGCCUCCACCGCCAGAACCUCUACCACCUGGUCCUCUGCCGCUGCCGCUGGUGCCUCUGCAGCCUGAGCCUCUAGCGCCUGGGCCACUGCCACUGGUGCCUCCACCGCCAGAGCCUCUACCACCAGGGACUCUGCCGGUGCCGCUGGGGCCUCCGCCAGCAGAGCCUCUACUGCCUGGGCCCUUGUCACUGCAGCUGGUGCCUCCGCAGCCCGACCCUCUGCCACCUGGGUCUCUGUCGCUGCUGCUGGUGCCUCCGCAGACCGAGCCUCUACUGCCUGGUCCUAUGCCGAUGCCCCUGGUCCUUCCACCGCCAUAG